UGGAAAUGGCGGUGGUGGAAGUAGAAAUUAUGGGCGACUCCGAGGACAUCAACCCUUUGAACUUGAUUACGAUAGUUAUGAGCCUCAGAACGGUUGGAUACCUAUGCAUAAUAAAUAUGUAUCAGAUAUAUCAGAGGAUCAGUUUAGAAAUAGACCACCUUUAACAAAAAAAGUUACUGGAUAUGGAUCUAAUCGAGUACCAGUAGUUUCUAAUAAUUAUCAGAAGCCUUAUACAUCACGCUCAGCGUAUAGAAAAAAACCAUCAAGGCAAUUUUCUAAUGAUCCAUACUCUAAUAUAUUAGCUGAAAACAAAAGACCUUCAAAAUUAUUCAAUGAUGAUAUUAAACCACUUAGAGUUCAUGGAAGUAACAGGCGGCCAUUAAGGGUAAAAGGAGAAAAUAAGCGAUUAGCAUAUAAUAAUUACGAUAAUAGACCUACAAGUAUUUCAGACGAAGACUUUGAAGAAGAUGAACCUAGACCUUUGCAAUCGAGACGGUUUCCUACUAAAAAGCGACAAGUGUGUCAGAAAAGGAGUAAAUCUAUGACACCAAAUGAUAUUGAGGAUCAUGAUAUUAUAGGAAGAAAAAUGUCGUGUAUGGUGUGUAAAGAUUUAGUAUCAGGUGGUUCAUAUGAAAAAUGUUCGUAUAAAUCAGAUCCUUUAAGUGAAGAAUACGAAAAAGAACCAGAACCAGAUGUAAUGAGUAGUUUUAAAAUAAACAGAUUCAAAAGAAGAAUUGUGAACAGGAAGCGAAAAAAACCAGAAAGUGGUGAAGAAGUAGAAGAUUAUGAAUACGAAAAUAUUAAUGCUCAAGAAUCUGAAGAGGAUCCAGAGUAUGUUCAUAAUGCUGAUGCAGUAACUGAUUAUGAUAGUGAAGAUCCGGAAAAUUACGAAACAGCUGAAAAUUUAAGUGAAGAAUAUAAAAUACCACCAUUACCAACAAAAUCGUCAACUUGUCGGAAAGUUAGGAAAAAGGGAAAUAUAUGUCACGUGUGCCAAGACAAUCUGUCUAACAGGCAGUACGAACAAUGUGAAUAUGAAGAAGAUCCUAAUAAUAAUGCAUAUGAUUAUUCAACGCACAACGUGUACGGUAGUCCUCGGUAUAAAAGACAACUAGAUAGAGAUCGAACCUACGAUGACUAUUUCAAAAAGCUGUUCCCGGAAUUAGGCUCAAACCGUAAGAGUAGUAUAGCCACCAAGUUUUCGUCUAAAGACGGAGACUUUGGAUUCUUAGACAAUGGGCAAAUUGGUUUUAAAAAAACCAAAUCUUCAUUGCUCGGUGAAAAAGAUUUAUCGAUAAAUUUCGAUUCGGUUGAAGAAGAAAGCCCAGUAAACAAGAUGUUGGGCGAAUUUCGCAACAAAGAUAGGUCAAAUUGUAAAAAAUCUCUUAAAGACAAAAUGACGUGUUAUAAAUGCAAAGACGACAAGGGAUCGGAAACGGAAGAAUGUAUGUACAUUACAGAUAGUAAGCCAAAAGAACGGCAACAAUCCUACCACGAAACCAAGAAAUUCAACACAAGCCCAGAGGCGGAAAACACUACAGGAUUGGGAGUAUCUACUCUGAGUAAUAAUCAGCAGUCACCUGCCUCGUCAUCCUUAACGCACGUAUAUGCUCCACUGUACAGUUCUGAUUAUGAGCCUACGGCACAGCAGUCUCACAAUCGGCCGCAGUACAGAAAUAGAAACUACAGGCUUCACAAAAAACCCGUCACCGAAGAACUUGCAGAGUCCAUAGAAGAAGAUGACCAAACGGAGGCGCAGAGUGUGGAGGACUAUGAUUAUGCUGAAGAUCCGAGUAGCCAGCAAGUAUCGAGACACGACUUGCCGGACGUAGAUCCAUACGGACCGGAAGGGGCGUACAGCGAGGAAACUAUACCGAUGUAUGAUCCAACGUUAAGAACAUGGUUACCGAAAUACAUGGUAACCAAGACUUCGGAAGAAGCGAUGGUUGACGCAGAAUUAGGUUUUGAUUAGAACGAAUACACAGAGCCUUUAAAUGCACUCACUAACAUUUUACGGUGGUUUCGAUCUAAUGCGUAAUAUUUAUAUGAGUCAAAAUAUUAUACAAUUAUAUACUGGUGGUAUUAUAAGGGUGUUAUUACUUAAA